AUGGAUGACGAUCACAUAAUGCGCAAGAAGCCAGAAGCGAUCGAAAUGGAGUUCCAGGAUAGUGGAGAAUCGGCUCUUGUAAAGAGCACACUACUCAGCAGCCUGCAAAACAGCGAAUGGGAGAUCGCGGUGAGGAGAGAAGUCAAAAAGUUCUUGGAGAAAGCCGGCGACGAUGUGAACGCGAAGGAGGUGUUCGACGCCGUCAAGGACAUGGCACGACGAGAAAUCCCGCAAGAAGCAAAGAAGAAACUUUACGAUCAAGUGCUCGAAUUCGUUACAUCGACGAAUAACCGGUAG